UAUUACAUAUACUACACGUAUAAAUAUUUUUAAUGUUAAUAUAGUUAAACGUAUGUGGUCUGAUACUGUUCCCUUAUCUUCAGAAGAUUAUAAGUUUAUUAUGCAGUACCGUGAUGCAAAACCAAAAACUGAUAUUUUAAAGAAGUUAAGGGAAAGAUAUCCUAUGACAAAUAACCGUUUUUAUAAAAUUUGGAGAGGGCAGGAAGUUUGUAUGGUUGAAUGGCACCAACUGAUACCAGAUACAAUGGUAGUUUCAAAUCAAAAUAUAUCUAUAUCUGAAUCGUGCUCAUCAAUGGAAUCAACACAGUCAAAUAUCGAUCAAGGCACUUCCACUGAUAAAGACUACAUAGAAAAUUCUAUUGUUGCUUCUAAUAAACGGAUAAAGAAAAGAAAAUCAAAAUCUGGAACUUCUAACUUACUUAAAAUAGAGGAGAUGGAUGACUUAUAUACUUUGAUAGAGCGAGAACGCAAAGGAAUGGAAGAAGCCUUACGCGAAUCAGAAA